UUUGUUUACAUUUAUCGUGGCAAGUUAGUGCGAUAUUUGUUUACGUUGAGUAUGGCAGAGAAAUCUGUGCUUGUCUGCGGUGCAUAUAAAGAAAUAAAUACAUAUCUAUUUAUACAUUUGCAAAUUAAUUUAACGUAUUUAAAUUAUAAAGAUAUAAAAUUAUAUUUAUGAAGUUUACGUAAAUGAAUGUUAUGGAAGUAAAUGCAAGUGAGGAUACUGUACUCUCUUACAAUUUUGAACUGCAAUUAUCUGAAAUUGAAAUGCUAAGUAGCAUGUAUCCAGAUAGCAAUGAAUUCAGUAUAUCAUUGCCUUCUGCUAUUGCUGAUAUGAACCGCUAUAUUACUGGUAAAACUAGACGCGUUCCUACUGAACUGGAUUUCACGUUGAAUCUGCAUAUUCCAGAUGUAAAAGACAAGUUGGAGGUCAAUGUUAUCUUUCCUCAUGAGUAUCCAGCAAAAAAACCUCACAUAUGCGCCCGAUCCACUGGUCUUAGCAGAGCUCGCCAAAAGGAAUUGAAUUCUGCAAUUUCAGAUUUCAUUUCAUCACAGCCGGAAGGUGAUUUAUGUAUGAUCACUUUCAUCAACUGGGUGAUAGAAAAUGCAGCAAGCUUUUUUUCACCGCAGACGAGCGAACUAGAUGCUGCAAAAAAUCAGCGUGGAGAAAGGAAUAUAUUUUGUAGAAUGUGGAUAUACAGCCAUCAUAUAUUCAGUAAAUUCAAAAGGCGAGAAAUAGUUGAUUGCGGCCAGGAUUUAAACUUGACUGGUUUCUCUCUACCAGGUAAGCCUGGUUUCAUCUGUAUUGAAGGUACAAAAAGGGAUUGUUACGAAUUUCUUCAACAUUUAAAACAGAUGAGUUGGAAAAAGAUAUCUUUGAUAAAAGAAGAAAUUGAAGAGAUAAGCGAAUCUAGUUUAGAUAGUGUCCGGAGGUUUGAUGGGUUUCAAGAAAUUAGUUUUCAUGUCAGAAGAGGACCGGCAAAAGAAUAUCAUAUGGAUAUGGGAGAAUUUCUAAAAUAUCUUGAAUCUCAUAACUGUGCAUACGCUUUCCAAGACUUAUUUGGCAUAGAAGGUCGUGUAUCAAAUGAAAAAUAAUUGUAAAUAAUAAAACUGUUUAUACGAUUUCUCA